GUCUGGUAUACUAUCAAACGGAGAAAUAAACCAAGAUAAUCGGUCUGGUAUACUAUCAACGGAGUAUAAAGUUGUACUGUACUUGGACCGGACUCGGACCUGGAUCAGAACCGGACUCGGACUCGUUUUGCGCCGCUUGGGUAAACUAGAUUUUUUCUUCUUCUCUGUCAUAACUCCGGCGAAGUAGCGUUAGUUGAACUGAGUCAUGGCCGCGAAAGAUCCCGAUUCCGGCGGAUCUGGGGAAAUUCUCCCGAUUACUCCCUCUCUCUCAGAAACUACGUCUGGAGUCACCGCAGCUUCGCAAGCGACUCAACCCCCGUCUUCUUCUUCCGAUGUCGAUACAGUCUACGUCCCUAGCUACUCCCGUUGGUUUACGUGGACUGGCAUCGACGAUUGCGAGGUCCGGUCACUACCAGAGUUCUUCAAUUCGAAAUCUACUUCCAAAAACCCUAAGUUUUACAUGUACUUGAGGAACUCAAUCAUUAAGCAGUACAGAGACGACCAUCCUCGGAAGAUUAGUUUCACUGACGUUAGGAGAACCCUAGUCAGUGAUGUUGUCUCUAUACGUCGCGUUUUUUAUUUUCUUGAGUAUUGGGGACUUAUCAAUCAUUCUAGCUCCUCCUCUGCUAAGCCUCUCAAGUGGGACGAAAAGUCCGCCGGAGAUGCUUCUUCUGAGCCUCCCACAACUGCCAAAGAGACUGCAAAGAGAAUCUGUAAUGGCUGCAAAUCUAUUUGCAGCGUAGCUUGUUUCGUCUGUGAUAAGUAUGAGUUGACAUUGUGUGCGAGGUGCUAUGUCCGUGGUAACUAUCGCGUUGGUAUUAACUCCACAGAGUUUAAGCGUGUUGAGCUUAGCGAGGAGUCCAAAAAAGUGUGGUCCGAAAAGGAAACUCUGCAGCUGAUGGAAGCUGUUAUGCACUAUGGAGAUGACUGGAAGAAGGUUGCAACUCAUGUUACUGGUAGAACUGAGAAGGAUUGUGUUUCGCAGUUUGUCAAGCUUCCUUUUGGGGAACAGUUUGUAAAAGAGUCUGACUCUGAGGAUUCCUUGGAGGCUUUUGAUCAGAUCAAGGGAUCUGCUGAUCUUGAAUCUGGAGGAAGUGAUAAAGAAGGUUCUUCUCCCAAUAAGCGGCUGAGAUUGACACCUCUUGCAGAUGCUAGCAACCCAAUAAUGGCUCAGGCUGCUUUUCUUUCAGCCUUGGCUGGCACAAAAGUUGCAGAAGCAGCAGCUCGAGCGGCAGUGACAGCUUUAUCUGAUGUAGACUACGAGGCUGAAAAAAAUGCCACUGGAGACCCAAAUCGACAAGACGCCAAUGCUAACUCGGGUGGUGAAAUUACCAACUCAGAAAGAGAUUGGGCUGAUGCAAAAUCUCUGAUCCAGAAGGAAGAGCAGGAGGUAGAAGGAGCCAUCAAAGAGAUCGUAGAAGUGGAGAUGAGGAAGGUUAGAGAUAGGAUUGUACAUUUCGAGAAACUGGAUUUGGAAAUGGAGAGAAGCCGGAAACAAUUGGAGGAUAUGAAGAACCUGCUUUUCACUGAUCAGUUAAACAUUUUCUUCCACACAAGAAAAGCCCGGAAAUCUGAAGAUAGAGUAGAUGUUAAAACUUAAAAGUUAGAACGAACUUAAAAUUCGAAACUGUUAUUUCUUCUUCGAAUUUUGCCUUGUUAAGAAGAUGACUCAUUGACUCGUAUUGUAGUUUACUUGAGAUUUGUGAGGUAACAAAAUGAGAUGAGAUCGAGUUGGUGGUA